AUGGUGUACAGAAAUCACACCAGAGUGACAGAAUUCAUUCUAUUGGGCUUCACAGACUAUCCAGAUCUCCAGGUCCCACUCUUCUUAUUAUUUCUUCUCAUCUAUGUUGUAACCCUAGUGGGAAACCUUGGGAUGAUUGCUUUAAUCAGGAUUGACUCCAGGCUGCAUACUCCUAUGUACUUCUUCCUCAGCAACCUCUCUCUCUUGGAUGUUGGUUAUUCAACUGUUGUUGCUCCCAGAAUGCUGAUCACUUUUUUAAUGGACAGCAAAACAAUUACAUUCAACCAAUGUGUGGUGCAAUUUUUCUUCUUCUGUAUUGCUGUCUCCAGCGAAUGUUACCUCCUGGCUGCAAUGGCAUAUGAUCGCUUCACAGCCAUCUGCAGCCCACUGCUGUAUUCAGUCAUUAUGUCUAGAAGACUCUGCAUUCUGUUGGUUGUUGCUGCAUAUUUCUGUGGUUUUGUAAACUCAGUUUUUCACACCAGUUUCAUGUUCAAUUUGUCCUUCUGUCAUUCCAAUGUCAUUAACCAUUUCUUCUGUGAUGUGCCCCCCAUUCUGAAACUGUCUUGUUCUGAUACAUUCACUACUGACAUUGUACACUUCACCACCUCCACUGUAGUUGUGGCCAGCACUAUCUUGAUCAUCCUCGUUUCCUACAUCUAUAUCCUGGCAGCCAUUCUCCGAAUCAAUUCUACUGAAGGCCGCCGCAAAACUUUUUCCACUUGUGCCUCCCACUUGACUGCUGUGACUAUCUUCUAUGGAACUGUCAUGUUUAUGUAUUUAAGGCCAAAUUCCAAGUUUGCAGUGGAGCAGGACAAAAUUAUCUCUGUAUUUUACACUCUCAUAAUCCCAAUGCUGAACCCUCUCAUCUACAGCCUGAGGAACAAAGAAGUGAAGGAUGCCUUGAAGAGAACUUUACAAAGGAAGUUUGCUAAGACUGAUGUGUGUCAAUAA